ACAAACAUAGAAAAUGUAUAAAGAGAGAGAGCGUUAACCACCCACUGGAAAAAGAUAGAGAAGGCCGCUUUAUUAAGCAGAGGAGAAGGGGAGUAAGGAUAAUGGUGUCUCUGCCAAGUUCUACGCUCCUCCGCCAAUUCUAGUGUUCGAAGGAAUUCUUUAGAGAGCCAGGCUACCAUAUUUGAUGGAAGUUGAAGAAUACAGACACAUUCAGACUUUGUAUUUGGAUUGGUCUCACUUAAUACUCGUUCACACAAAUAGUGAUUUGAGGAAGGGAAUACUAAGCAUUUCACAAUUCCAUCAGAGGGACCGCCAACUAUCCUCUAGAAUAACAUGGAAAGUUUCAUGUUUGUCCGCUGGCCUAGAUGUCCUCUAUUCCAUUGGUUUCAUUAAGCUCCAUUCCAGAGCAAACAGCAGGCGGAAAGGGUUUUGUUAUACAAAGAUGCCAUCUCAAGUCAUGGAAAAAAUGGGACGCAGUUUGGUUAUCAAAGAGAACUCACAAGAUUUGCCUCUUUCAUCUGCGUAUGAAACUGCCAUGGAAGCACUUUCCUCUCUCAUUACUCUCCAAAAACGCGGAGAUAGGUCAGCUAUAGGUGGUAAAUACAAGAAAUUGGAUAGGAUGUUGAUGUAUAUUAAGAUUUUAGGCUUGGAGGAGCAUAUAGCUAGCCUUAAAAUCAUCCAUGUUGCCGGAACUAAAGGAAAGGGUUCAACAUGUACAUUCUGUGAGGCAAUUUUGCGGGAGAGUGGUUUUAAAACUGGACUCUUCACUUCUCCUCACUUAAUUGAUGUGAGAGAGAGAUUCCGGCUAAACGGGUUGGACAUAUGCGAAGAUAAAUUUUUACUGUAUUUUUGGGAUUGUUGGAACCAAUUGAAGGAAAAGGUUUCAGAGGACUUACCAAUGCCUCCACUGUUCCAGUUCCUUACUAUAUUGGCGUUCAAAAUAUUUAUAUAUGAAAAGGUAGAUGUUGCUAUUAUUGAGGUUGGUCUUGGAGGGGAAAACGACUCAACAAAUGUGAUUGAGGAACCUGUUGCCUGUGGGAUUACGUCUUUGGGUAUGGAUCACAUGGAAGUGUUGGGGAAUACCCUUGAACAGAUUGCUUCUCACAAGGCUGGAAUAUUCAAGCCUCACAUUCCUGCGUUUACGGUGCCCCAACUUGCUGAAGCAAUGGUUGUUCUUCAGGAGAAGGCUGGUGAACUGAUGGUUCCUGUGGAAGUGGCAGCACCACUUGACUGUAAAAAGUUGGGUGGAGUAAAGCUAAGCUUGUCUGGUGACCACCAGUUAAGCAAUGCUGGUCUUGCUGUUUCCCUUUGUAAAAGUUGGCUUCGAAGUACAGGAAACUGGGAAAAGCUAUUCCAAAAUAAUCAGGAUAGCCAAGAAGACGACGAUUUGCCAGAGGCUUUUGUAAGAGGUCUUUCAACUGCACACCUUUCUGGAAGGGCUCAGAUUGUUCAUGAUUCUUCUCUAAAGACUCACAGUUCAUUAGAAGUCAGGAAAAAUUCUUCUGGAGAUUUGAUCUUCUACUUGGACGGAGCUCACAGUCCUGAGAGCAUGGAGGCUUGUGCCAAAUGGUUCUCUGAUGCUGUGAAAGGACAUAAGAAUCCAUCACCUUCACUUUCUUCUUCUAAGGUUGGAAAUGUGGAGGAAUAUUGGGGGAAUGGUUACACCAAACAUACCAAGGAAAAGGAAUCAUACAAAAUAUUCCGGAAGAUUCUUUUAUUUAAUUGCAUGGAGAUAAGAGACCCUCAAAUUCUUCUCCCACGGCUUGUGAAUACAUGUGCUUCUUCAGGCACUCAUUUCUCCAAAGCGAUUUUCGUCCCAAGUAUGUCGACAUAUAACAAGGUUACUUCUGGUGCCUCAGUCAUUCCUUUGGAUAAUUUUGUUAGGGACUUGUCAUGGCAAUUCAACCUCCAGAGGAUAUGGGAGAAGAUAAUUCAUGGUAAAGAUGAUGUGCUUGACAAUAGUUGCAAGAUGGAUGGUGCCGAGUACUUGCCACCCCGUGAAUUCCUUUACGAGGAUGUUUCGCAUUGCCGCCCUGCAUGCAAUUAUUUUGCUUGCAGUGCAGUAAUUCCUUCAUUGCCAUUGACAAUAAAUUGGUUAAGGGAUUGUGUUAGAGAAAACCCCUCUCUGAGAAUACAGGUUCUUGUAACUGGAUCAUUGCAUCUGGUUGGAGAUGUACUAAAGUUGAUAAGGAGAUAAUAUAAACUAAAAUCUGAAGCUGUCUCAAACACGGAUUUGUCACUAGAUAUUCUUUUUCUCAAUUCCUUAUUGAAUAUCUGUCCAGCUUGCUGAACUAAUAAUGUAUUUCCUUCCAAAAUGGGAGGGGAUUAUGAAUUAUUGUGUGUUUUCUGUAAAAUAAUUGAUGUUAUCAUCAUCACCAUCCUUGCCUUAAUCUCAUGUAAAAUACUAAACGAUGAUAAACGUAUUCAGCUUUCAGAAUUUAUUUA